AUGGAUAUCGAUGACGAACACGAUGAGGGUUAUGAGAAGCACAAGAAAGCAAUUAUAAUAGGGGCUGCUUCUGCUACUAUUGGAGCGGAGCACUAUAGUAAAAUGUUUCUCGCUAAAGAGUCGUACCUUGGUGACUCUCUAUGUGGAAUUCAGGAAACUGAGAGAAUUAUUGGUGUGUCCGAUAAGACAUCUCGAAGCCUCAUAAGAAUGAGUAGGAGGGCCUAUUUUAGUUUAUGUCAAUUGGUGCGAGAAAGGGGCAUUCUUUAUGAUACUAGAUCAGUGCAAGUGGAGGAACAGUUAGGCAUGUUUUUACAAACAAUCGGCCACCAUUUGAAGAAUCGAAAAAAUCUGCACGAUUUUGGACAUUUCAGUGAGAUUAUAAGUAGGCAAGGAGCAGGAAAGAUAGUGGUACCUCUAGGUAAAUACUAUCUUGUUGAUGUUGGGUUUGCCAACCAAAGGGGCUUCUUGAGGCCAUAUUGGAAUGUUCGUUACCAUCUGAAAGAGUGGGAGAACAACAAUCAAGCACCUGCUGAUAAGAAGGAAUUAUUUAACUUGCGUCAUUCUAAAUUGCGAAAUGUAAUUGAACGUGCUUUUAAUCUGUUGAAGUCAAAAUUCAAGAUAUUGAAAAGCCAGGCUGAAUACCCUUAUAAGACACAAACCAGGAUUGUUCAAGCUUGUCCAAGAGGAAUACAAACAAAUGAUGAAGAUGCAAGUGAGGAUUCUGACGAGGAAGGUAAUGAGAUCAUUGAAGAUUGGGAACAAUUUGGAGAGGAGAUUGCUAACAAAAUGUGGGCUGAUUAUAUUGGAGGAAUUGCUAAAGAUAGUAGUGAUGAAGAUUGA